GAGCGGGGGUAGGCUUUAGGGACGCACCAGCUGCGUGGGGCGGGGCGUCGCUCCUGUUGCCCAGCGUGAUGUGAUGCGUGUGGGCGCGUGUCUCUGUGGCACCGCUGCGGAUGCUGUGCUGUACCGGGAUCUGCGGCGGAGCCGGAGUUUGCUGGCCGGAGGCCCGGGUAGGAAAAGCGCCGGACACGGAGUUCCCCUGAUGCCUGCGCUUUUACUCCGAUGUUUGGAACCUGAGUUGUGAUCGGUGGGAAAAUGGAUUGAAUGUAAGAGGCCAAACCGGGCUGCUGGCGAGGACUAGAACUGACCGCGUUUGUAAAGCGCUUUGCACAAGACAGGAGUGCCGGCUUAGCCUGCGGCAUGCACAGAGCACGGGGUUCGAACCCAUGCACCUCAGACGCCAGGCGGUCGUGCAGUUCUACGUGGGAAGUAGAAGCGGGAGGAUCCGAAGUUAAAGGGAGCCCUGGAGGCUGAGUCUAUCUAGCUGGCAGAGCACACCCACUGGGCAGCGUGAGGACCCCGGUGGAACUGACCCACUGCGGAAUGCAGGCGCUCCACCUUCAGCACCGCAGCCCCAGCAGCUACAGGGUCAAGGCCAGGGCGUCCUAUGUGGAUGAGACCCUGUUUGGCAGCCCAGCAGGAACCCAGCCCACUCUUCCAGACUUUGACCCACCGUGGGUACAGAAUUGUAACAGAGUGAGAGGAGUGGACCUGGGACCUCCGAAGGUCUCUUUGGCCAAGAGAGACUAUGAGUCCACCCCUUCCAGGGCCAGCACCCCAAACCUUACACCAAGGAAGAAAAACAAAUACAGGUUGAUUGGCCACACCCCGUCCUACUGUGAUGAGUCACUGUUUGGCUCCCAGCCACAGGGCACCAGCAAGGAGGGGGCUCGGACAGCCAUGGGGGAUGCUGCCAAGCUCCGGACCCUUUUCUGGACGCCGCCACCCACCCCAAGGGGCAGUCACUCACCUUGCUCCAGGGAGACCCCAGUUCGAGCCAUUCACCCAGCUGGACCCUCCAAGGCAGAGCCCAGAGUGGACACAGGUUCCCCAAAGAUGUCUCAUGAUGGGCUGGAUGCUUCCUGCUCUUUGGGGCGGAGGCGUUCCCAAUCACUCACCCACCUAACUGUCCCUAGCAUGGUUCAUCCAGCUUCCGGUGUCCCCCAGACCAAUGAGCCUUGGAGUCCCCGGCCUUCCACAUCAGGGGUGACUGUCCGGAGCCCCCUGGCCACUCCCAAGGCACAGUCAGGCAGUGUUUCAGGGCCAGCCGCCCCUAAGCGAGGGGCCGGCCCCCCCAAGCCAAAGCCUCCUUGGAAAUGAGUUCUCACCAGGUAAGCCUUUGGCUCCCAGCCAGUCCUCAGCUCAGGUGGGGACCACUGGGGAGCAGGGUCCCCAGUGCCCCCAAGUGCUGGGGAAGCCACCAUGGUGGAUGGGCCACACUUUCCUUGGUCCCCACAAGCUCAGGAUGUCUCCAGCCUCCUCUGUAGGGUAUUUGGAGUCCUUGAGAUGUCCUUUUCACCAUGUUUCAGCCCCUUUCUGCAUCAGUGUCAAACCCUACCCAGCUUCCCUGCUCAGGAUUCAGUUUCCACAGAGGUCUGGAGGCCUUAGGGGAGAGUUCUGGGCUGCAUAUAGACCCCAAGGGUGGAGCAUAGGGCGACAUCUUAAUAUUCAUGUAUUUAUUCUAUGUAUUAAAUGCAUUUAGCUCACUAAAA